GGCGCGGGCGGCGGGACCGCGGCCGCGGGGCCGCCAUGGGGGACGACAUGGACGUGAUCCCCGAGCGGGAGAUGAAGGACUUCCAGUUCAGAGCACUGAAGAAGGUUCGCAUCUUUGAUGCUCCUGACGAUCUUCCCAAGGAGCGCUCCAACCUCCUCGCAGUGUCCAACAAAUACGGGCUGGUCUUUGCUGGUGGAGGGACCAGCCUGCAGAUUUUCCACACCAGAGAUCUUCUCAUGCAGAAACAGCUGGGAGAAGAUCCCAAUAAAAUUGUGGAGAACAUUCAGAGUACUCUGGUUCCCAUGAAGUUUCCUAUGCAGCACCUGGCUCUGAGCUGUGACAACCUCACCCUGUCUGUCUGUAUGAUGUCCAGUGAGAUCGGGUCCUUCAUCAGCUUUUUUGAUGUCCGCACAUUCCUGAAUCAGGCAAAACAGCAGAAACAUGCGUUUGCUUGUCACAAACUGGCCAAGGACUCAGGAAGUGCAGCCAUGGUCAACGACCUGAAGUGGAGCCCUGCCAGUCCCACCAUGGUGGCCAUCUGCCUGUCCGAUGGCAGCAUCUCUGUCCUGCAGGUCACAGACUCUGUGAAGGUCUAUGCCACACUCCCAUCCUCUGCUGCUGUCACAUCUGUGUGUUGGAGCCCAAAGGGAAAACAACUGGCUGCAGGGAGGCAAAAUGGCACUGUGGUGCAAUAUCUGCCUAAUCUGCAGGAGAAGAAAGUAAUCCCUUGUCCUCCCUUUUAUGACUCAGACAAUCCUGUUAAAGUUUUGGAUGUACUUUGGAUUGGCACAUAUGUCUUUGCCAUCGUGUAUGCAGAGGCUGAUGGGACACUGGAGAUGUCUCCACAAGUGGUCAUAGCCAUAUUGCCUAAAAAGGAAGAGAAGCGACCAGAGAAGUUUGUGAAUUUCAUGGAGCCAUGUUACACGAGCUGCACUGAGAGACAGCAUCAUUACUUCCUCAAUUUUGUUGAGGAAUGGGAUCUAGUUCUGGCAGCUUCAGCAGCUUCCACAGAAGUCAGCAUUCUUGCCAGGCAAGGGGAUCAGAACUGGGAAUCAUGGGUUUUGGAGGACUCCAGCAGAGCAGAACUUCCUCUGACAGAUAAAAGUGAUGACACUCUGCCCGUUGGUGUUGCUGUGGACUACACCAGUAACAUGCCCAUCGUGAUCAGUGAUGAGAAGAUCCUUCCUCCAGCUCCAGUUCUGAUCCUGCUCUCUACGGAUGGUGUGCUCUGCCCAUUUCACAUGAUCAACCAAAACCCAGGAGUCAGGUCACUUAUUGUGAGCCCGGAGCCGCUGCAGUUGGUCGGGGAGAGAGUUCCAAAGUCAGCAGGGAGUACUGCCACAAGUCCAACCACUCCUCCAACUUCUCUAAAGCCUGACACAGCACCAGCUGUUGCUCCCACUGUGCCCACCUCAAGUCAGCCUCCAGCAGGAAGUGGAGCAGCUGUUUUUUCCUUCAUGCCCUCAGCUGUGAAGACUCCUGGCUCCACAGGCAGUGAUCCUCCACCAUAUUCCUUUGCCACUGAUACCUCCAAGCAAGCCCAGACUCCUGCUCUGACUGGAGCAGCAACAUUCUCCUUCUCCUCUGCUUCUUCCAAGGCAUCCAUGACUCCUGCUUCUGUAGGCAGCACUACAACAGCUCCUGCCACCUCUUUUCCUUUUGGCUCCAUGAACUUUAAACCAGCUGCAGACAGCUUGUCUGGGCCAUUGCUCUCCACAGCACCUGCUGCACAGAAGCCAUCUUUUGCACCUUCAGCUUCUUCAGUCAAAGUGAACCUCAAUGAGAAGUUCAGUGCUGUAGACACCUCUUCUCCCACGAGCAGCAGUGGGCAAUGCACUUCCACAAUGUUUUCCUUCUCAACCAGUUCCAAAACUGCUCCUGGAGGUUCUUUGAGCCAGUCCACGCCCCUUGCAGCCCCUCCUACCACAUCACUGAAGACUUCAUCCCCUGUGCCUGCCACGGUGGCACGACCUGCUCAAAAUACUCCUUCAGCUCCCUUGGUACAGAAGACACCCAAAAUCACCCCGUCAGCAGCAAAGCCAAGCUCUACUCAGAGCAAAUCAGCACUCCCCAGCACAGCUUUAGAGAAACAGACCCACCAGUGGAAGGAGUCAGACCCUGUCAUAGCAGGAAUCAGGGAGGAGAUUGCACAUUUUCAAAAGGAGAUGGAGGAGCUGAAGGCCCGGACUUCCAAAGCCUGUUUCCAAGUUGGAACUCCAGAGGAAAUGAAGAUGUUGCGAACUGAGUCAGAUGAUCUUCACACCUUCCUCUUGGAAAUUAAAGAGACAACAGAGUCACUUCAUGGAGAUAUCAGUAUUCUGAAGACAACCCUGCUGGAGGGAUUUGCAGGGGUAGAAGAGGCUAAAGAGCAGAACGAACAGAAUCAUAGCUCAGGGUAUUUACACUUGCUCUAUAAGAAACCUUUGGAUCCCAAGAGUGAAGCACAGCUUCAGGAAAUCCGGCGCUUGCACCAGUAUGUGAAGUUUGCUGUCCAGGAUGUGAACGACGUUCUGGAUUUGGAGUGGGACCGGCACCUGGAACAGAAGAGAAAGCAGAAGCGUCUGAUAGUCCCUGAGCGAGAGACUUUGUUCAACACCCUGGCAAAUAACCGGGAAAUCAUCAACCAGCAGAGGAAGAGACUCAACCACCUGGUGAACAGCCUGCAGCAGCUGCGCCUCUACAACCAGACAUCUCAGUGGAGUGUUCCCAGUGAUACAUCUCUAAACAGUGCUCAGAGUUUUGACAGUGACCUUGAAAGCCUGCGCAACGAUUUGAUGAAAACUACUUUGAAAUCACAUGCCAAACCUUUGCCCAAAGCACCUGCUAAGCUGUCCCCAGUGAAGCAGGCACAGUUGAGGAAUUUCCUAGCCAAGAGGAAAACUCCACCAGUUAGGUCUACAGCUCCAGCAAGUUUGUCCCGAUCUGCCUUCCUGUCCACAAGAUAUUACGAAGAUUUGGAUGAAGUCAGCUCAACAUCCUCAGUUUCCCAGUCACUGGAGAAUGAUGAUUCCCAAGCAGUGGACCAGGAGGAAGAGGCUGCCCCAGUCCAAGUCCCUCGUCAUGCUCCUGUGGUCCGAACUCCCUCAGUCCAGCCUGGUUUGAUGGCUCAGUCUCCAUCCUUUGGGAAACAGCACCACCUGGGUACUUUGUUGCCUACAUCUUCAAACAGAAUCAUCCCACAAGGGGCAGACAGUACAAUGCUUGCAACAAAGACUGUGAAACAUGGAGCCCCUGCUCCCACUGUCACUGUUCCAGCACCACAAGCAGCUGCUGCUGCUGCAGCUCUGCAGAGGCAGAUGGCUGCUAACCAGUCCCCAGCUGUGAGCACCUCCUUGACUGAAUCAACUCUGAAGACUGUUCCUCAGGUGGUGAAUGUUCGAGAGCUCAAGUCUGGUGCAGUGAGCCCAGCAGUUUCUGCAGUAAUAGGAUCAUCUGUACCUCACUCUGCAGCCCAGGCAGUCCAUCAAGUUUUGGCAACUGUUGCUACAAAUCAAGCUAAACAGACACCUCUGACAAGCUCAAUGAAGAGUCAGACUCCACCUUCCUCUGUGUGUGCACCCUCUCCUAUGGCAUCCACAGCUGCUCCAACAUCAUCUGGCAGCAAGAUCUCAGGACAAGGGACAGUAAAAACAGUUACAGCUGUUUCUUCUACUGUGACAUCAGCGCAAGCAACAACUUCACAGCUUAACAAAACGUCCUUGUUUUCUUCUGCAGGGUCUGUAUUUAAUUUUGGUGGUGUCACAUCAGCUGCUUCAUCACAGACGCUGCCCAACCUCACUCCCUCACAAGCCCCUGCAAAAGAAUCAGCCCAGCCGGAUUCAUUUUUGUUUGCUGGGAGUUCCAAACUUGGAGCAAUUCCCGAGGGCUCCUUUGUAUUUGGGUCCCACAAAUCAGCAAGUGCUCCAGGAGGUGUAGCAGGAGGUAGCUCCUCAGCAGAUGGCACCCAGUCAAACAAAGCUGCUGCAACAUCAUCUUCUGCUCCCUCCACAACCUCUGGCAAGUUGGAUAUUGCUCCAUCCAAACCAGCAGAUCACUUGUUUCAGGGCAGUCUGGCUGGGGAAACUCUUGGGAGCUUCUCAGGACUACGAGUUGGUCAAGUAGAUGAUAAUGCCAAGACCACCAGUAAAGCACCAUCUACCAGUGUUGCAGGAACACCGUCAACUAAAGUGUCUACAAUACCUUCUGGGUUUAAUUUUACUGCUCCCCUGACUUUAGGAAAAGCUGGAGAAGCUGCUUCAACAUCAGUCACAGCAGCUGGCACUGCAUCCCUGUCCAGCAGCACUAGUGCCACAGGCAGUCUCUUUGGCAAUGUCCAGUUAACCAGCACAGGGUCUUCUGGGGUGUUUAAUCUUGGAGGCUCUGGUGGCAGCAAACCCACCUUUUCCUUUGGUAUUCAGCAAACAAACAGUAUGAGCACUUCCACCUCUGCCCCUUCCACUCUCCCUGCUUCAACAUCCCUCUCGUUUGGAGGUUUCUCAAGUUCGUCACAAACUGCUGUCCCUGCUACAACUUCCAGUAAGUCUGCAGGGGAUGCCAAAUUACCACCUGGGUCAGAAAAACCAUCUGAAAACGAAGCUGUAGCAGCUGGGUCUUCACCUCCAGUGCCACAGCCCCAGGCACAGCUCUCAGAGCCGCAUAAAGAACCCGCCUUACCCCAGGCCACAGCUGGGGACGUGGUCCCAGAGGGCUCUGGGACCACAGUGGCACCACCUGCCCCUGACACUGUGGCUGCUCCCACCUCCACCAGCGAGCUGAAGGCUCCGGUACCUCCUGCUGUCUCCACAGUCACCCCACCAGAUCAGAAUGUCUCAGCAACAGCCUCCACAGCAAGUGUUGCCUCUCCUGCAGAAGCCACAGGUGCCCCGGCUGCUACCUCUGAUGUUACUACAGGUGUGCAGAGUCCAGCUGUUGUUGCCUCUGUGUUUGCCCCCACUUCUGCAGGCUCCUCGGUGUUCUCUCAGCCGCCAAGUUCCAGCUCUUCUGGCUCAGCGUUUACCCAGCCUGCCGGGGAAGCAGCUGCUGCUCCUUCCACACCACCUGUUUUUGGACAGCUCCCAGCAGGUACCACAGCAUCCUCUCCAUUUGGGCAGCUCACCACCAGCACUCUGUCCACAGCCACUGCCACCAGCCAGGCUGCCACCUCAGCCUUUGGUACUUCUGCUUUUGGCACCACCACCACAGGAGGCUUUGGCCAGCCAGCCUUUGGGCAAGCACCAGUCUUUGGACAACCCUCAAGCAGUUCUUCAAGUGGCUUUACCUUCAGCCAGUCUGGGUUUGGGACAAUGCCAGCCUUUGGCCAGCCAGCAGCUUCCACAGCAGCCUCGAGCAGUGGGAAUGUUUUUGGAGCCCCGGCCAGCACCAACAGCGCCAGCUCCUUCUCCUUUGGCCAGCCAGCCAGCACGGGCGGGGUGCUCUUUGGGCAGAGCAGCCCUCCCGUGUUUGGGCAGAGCUCUGGCUUUGGGCAAGGGGGAUCUGUGUUUGGUAGCACUGCUGCUGUCACCACCACCACGUCCUCUGCUGGGUUCAGCUUCUGCCAGGCCUCAGGUUUUGGUUCUAGUAACACAGGUUCUGUGUUUGGGCAAGCAGCAAAUACUGGAGGCACUGUCUUUGGCCAGCAGCCAUCUUCUUCCACUGGAAGCUUGUUUGGAACUGGAAGUGGUGGGAGAGGUGGGGGCUUCUUCAGUGGUUUGGGAGGAAAGCCAAGCCAGGAUGCAGCCAAUAAGAAUCCCUUCAGUUCCUCCAGUGGAGGAUUUGGAUCCACAGCUUCCCAGAAUUCUUCAAGCUUAUUUGGAAACAGCGGAGCAAAGACUUUUGGCUUUGGCAGCUCCUUUGGAGAGCAGAAGCCUACGGGCACUUUCAGCUCUGGUGGUGGAAGUGUGGCCUCCCAAGGCUUUGGGUUCUCCAGUCCAAACAAAGCAGGUGGCUUCGGUGCUGCUCCAGUGUUUGGCAGCCCUCCCACUUUUGGGGGAUCCCCUGGGUUUGGAGGGGUGCCAGCAUUCGGUUCAGCCCCAACCUUUUCAAGCCCUCUGGGCUCAACGGGAGGCAAAGUGUUCGGCGAGGGGACGGCAGCAGCCAGCGCUGGAGGAUUUGGGUUUGGUGGUACCAGUAACAACACAGCAUCAUUUGGCACCUUGGCAAACCAGAACACGCCCACGUUUGGCUCCCUGUCCCAACAGGGCACAGGCUUUGGAACACAGAGCAGUGGAUUCUCAGCUUUUGGGACAGGUGGAGGAGGGUUUGGUUUUGGAUCACCUAACACAUCUUCCUCUGGAUUUAGUGGAUGGAGAAGCUAGGAACAUCCUGAACUUUUCCUGUAGCUCCUGCAUUCAUGAGUCACCCACAUGAUCAAUACUCAACCAGCUUUUCUUCUAAAUACAAGUUCUCAGACUUUUUUUUUUUUUUUUAAGAAAAAUAUUUUGCUUAUUUUUAUGCAAUACUUGCUCUCACUCUAUAUUAAACUAUUUUAUCUGGCUUGAUGUUUUAUGUGGUGGAAGGGUUUAUUAUCUCCCUGCAUCAAGAGGAGAUGAAUGUAUGCUGAGCUCAGCUUUCUCUUGUCCAUCCCUUGCCUACACAAGGGAGUAGCUCCAGUUGGUUCCUGACAUAAACCAGCACAUUUUUCAUUAAUAGAAUGCCUGAUUAUCCCAGGCUCUGAAGAAGGGGCUGAGGUUUGGCCUGCUAAUUUUAAGUCUAGGAUGGGGCACAUGCUUAUCUCAGUGAAGUGCUGAAACUGAGUCAUGUGUGAGCCAGAGGCUUAGUGGAGAAAUAGGAAAUUAUCUGGGAAGAAGCUGGCAGCGUGCAGAGCACGUUCCCAUGGCAGUAACAUUCAGCAAAGAGGUGGGAAGUAAAAGCUCUCCUAUUUUUACCUUUCUGUAAAUCUUACAGAACUCAAAAAAUGGAGCUCAGGUUCUGGGGAAAACUUCUGGCCCUGGAAGCAGACACAUGACCUCCAUCUAGAGCCAUUAGUGAUUUUGCUUUUUUUUUUUUUUUUGUUUUUUUUUUUACUUUGGUUGUCGGAUUCUACAGUUGGAUACUUUUUUUUUUUUUUCUAACAGAGAUGAAAUUGUGCUUUUUUUCCCUGUAGCUUUUGGCUUUAGUCAAUAUCAUUUGUGAAAUUCUCAUGUGCUUAUACUUGAACAUACUAAACAAAUGUUUUAAAGAAUGCCCCGAAGGCUUCUGGACAAACACUUUUUCUAUUUGAAUGCAUCUGACCUCCAUGAAACCUCCAAAUGAUGCAAUCAGGUUUUGUUGCUCUGUGGAUAACACAUUUGAAAUAGCAGCUCCUGUGUUAGCUGUGUCCAUGAAGAUUGAAUGGGCUUUUCUUCUUGGUCCUAUUAGGAUGUUUUGGGGAGUUCUGCAUUUUCUGUUUUCAGCAGAAACAUGUAUUGUUUCUUUUUCUCUUCUUCUUUACCAUCACAUGAUAGGAUGACAGGUGACAUUUUCUGGUUUGGUGGAUGUGAUCAGUUUUGGGAAUUGUAAAUAAUUGAUAACUUCUUGUUUUCAUAUCCCUUAUAAACUUAUAUUUUUCAGCA